CUGUUUUCAACUUCUUUCGAACAUGCUUCGUUUUUCACAUCGCAUUGUUUUGAAUUGAAUGUCUCGGAGUGUGAAUAAAAACAACGCUUGUGACGAGCUGCGCGUUCUGUAGCAUUUUGUUUUUCAAAAUUUUAAUGUGGUUUUCGCAUUUUAAGCCUAAAGUUGAAAAGAGUUCAAAGUGAUUCAACAUUGCUCAAAGAAAAUAUACCAAAACACCGGAAUAAAUUGCCGCGCUAUAUAUUUACCAGUUUAUAACAGUCGAUACCGAACGAAACUCUACUAAACAUGGACGAGGAAUUGGUGACAUGCCCAUACAACAAAGAACACCGCAUCAUCCGGUAUCGGCUGCCGUAUCACAUAAUCAAGUGCAAGAAACAAUACGUCGGCAAACAGCUGGAACCGUGCCCUUUCAAUGCGAUGCAUCUGGUGGACAAGGGCGAAAUGACCGCCCACAUCAAAGACUGUCCGGACUAUUUGAUCACGGUGGAGAACGACAUGAUCAGAGAGUACGCCCCAUCCCGUAGCGGGACCGGUGUUGGGCGAAUGUCCCGCGCGUCUUCAACGGCCCUUCAGAAGCGUAACCAACAGAUGUGAUGUACCACGGACAAUUGAUAGACUAUCAAGCAAAUGCAAAUUUUCAUAUACUUAAUGGACUGUAAGGCCACGACUUGAUUUCUGUUAAUGCAGUUAUCCUUUAUGUAUUAUGGAUGGUUUAAUUUUUGAUAAUAAACUUGUUUAUUGAUAA